UCUCCUUCUUGCUGAAAAAAUAAAAAUCGUCUAGUGCGGAAUUAUCAGAUAUCAAGGUAUACAAACGAAAUACGAAGCGUUCAUGAUCGGACAUGAUUGUCCGCGCCGGUCGAGUCAUGCAACGCAGGUAGACGCGAUGUCGUCAUCGAAGGCGAUACGCUAUCGGAGAUUGAAAGAGCUAUGGCGCCGCAGAGUCUAGGAAGGAAAGAAGGAAGGAGAGAAAAGGAAAAAAUUGAACGUUUUCAGUAUAUAAGCAACGCGAGAAAACGCGGAACUUUAUUCAUUUGAGUUUGCUCGAAAUCUUCAUUUCGGCUUCGGUACAAGUAUUCGUCGUUGUUGUGACCAGUGUUCAACUAGUUCUCGGUAAAAAAGUGAUAAAAAUGGCCGGCGCAAAAAAAGUAUCCAGUGAACGGAAAAAGCUAACCGAUUUUGUUAAAUUUACUCACGUUUGUGAUAUUAACAAAUCGGGCCUCAAGACCGACUUCGAUAGAAGAAACGAUCAGCGAUAUUUAUUAUUAUCGACGACGUACGGGCUUAACGCAUCGUAUACUAAGAAGAUUCACGUGGGAUUGCAGGCGACGAGCGAAAAUUGCUUUGUACCGAUUGUAAAAUUAACAGGCAAUUAUGCAGAUGGAAUAUGUCUCGACACCGACACCUGGCAGCAAUUUCAAAUCAGCAUGGAGCAGAUGAAGCAGUAUUUGUGCGAGAAUCAAAAAUCCAAACCAAGUCCGAUUAUUAUCAACAAUAUUUCCAUCGGCUUCACAACCGCUUACGGAACAAGGGCAGUGAUAGUGAGUUAUAAGGAAAAUGCGGGACAACCGGCGAAUAAUAACGAGACGGAGGAGCAGCCCCCGUUGAAGAAGCAAAAAACGUACAGCGUCGCCAUUGUGAUGCAGAAAACUACUUUUGUCGGCCUGGAAGAUAUCGCAAGAUGUGUGGACGCUCAUUUGGCACGGUUAAUUCCCAUUACCGACACCGUCAACGAGUGCUCCAAAUACCUGAUUAACGAAAUAGAAUUAAAACUUCCCUCGUCUUACGUAGAUUGUGAAAUUAUAAAACUUACAAUUAGAGGUAAUUUUGAAGAAAUCGAGCGUGAUGUACGAACACAAAUAAAUAAUUUACCAUUUUUAGACGUAUAUUUUAAUAUUGUAUUCGAAGAAUUGCUUUCGCUAGGUUUUAAUGAAAUUGUACGUAUAAUUUUACUAAAGCGCAAUUGUUAGUUUUAUAAAAAAGAAAAAUUUUAUUUUCAAUAAAUAGAAUGUUUUAACCUUAAAAA